UCCCUAUUGCAGGUGUCCUUCAAGAUAGAGCAACAACCAGAGACGCGAAGGAAUCCCGCUUUAGUUCAGCCGAGACAGCUGGAAGAGGGAAAGGUUAGUCUGAGAGAGAGAGAAGGGAUGGAGUGGGUGGAGCUGUUGCUGCUGCUGCUGACAUUGAGUUCAAUGGGUUUAACAAAUGUAGAAAGCGCGUCGACAAAGAAGCCUUUCACUUUACCUUCCAAUUGCACAAAAAAAUGUGGUAAUAUCAAUAUUGAGUACCCUUUCGGGAUAGGCAAAGAUUGUUAUCGUUGGGGAUUUAAUCUUACUUGCACGAACCAUACCGACCAACCUCCAAGGCUCUCCUUGGGCGAUGGAAUCCUCGAGGUCACUAGAAUCGAUUUAGAUACUGGGACUGUGCGCGUCAAGACACCCAUUGUCACCAUGGGUGUGGAUCGGGAGUCCAUUAAUGUUACGUUAAUUGAUCUUCAGAAUUGGUCUUACUCUUUCACAUCAUCAGAACAGGAAAUACAUAACACCUAUUCUGAUCCUACAAAUAAUAUAUUGCAAGUGUCUGGUUGCAACGCCAUAGCCUUUUUAGUGGAUCCCAUUACUAAUGAGACUUUUGAUACUUGCACAACUAUAUGCACUCCCAGUGGCAACACGUAUUGCACAAUUGACAUAUAUAAUUGGAACAGGACUUCUUUGGGGAUUCAAGUAACUCGACUCAAUCAGACUGAGUUUCAUCUUGCUAGUAGCUCCAGCAUCAAAAUCUUUCUUUAUGAUGCAAGAAAUAUUACUGACGAUGAUCUCGCAAAAAUAACGAAGGGAGAAAGCACAGAAGUGGAGGUCGCCCUAUUAUGGUACAUCAAAGACCAUCCUACCUGUGAAGAGGCUAAGAAUAUGACAAACUAUGCUUGCAUCAGUCCCAAUAGUGACUGCUACGACAUCGUUGAUUAUGCCUACACGAAUUAUAAUUUAGGGUACUUUUGUCGAUGUUCUCUCAAUUAUGAAGGCAAUCCAUACCUACUCGAUGGCUGUCAAGAUAUAUCUUCUACUUUUGUUCCCGCCAAAGGCUGUCCAACAAAAUGUGGGGGUAUUAGCAUCUCUUUUCCAUUCGGGCUAAAUGAGAGUUGUUCCAGAAGCCAGCCAUUUGCUCUAACAUGCAACAAGACAUCCAAGCCCCACACUCUCCUCUUCCAGGACUAUUACAUAGUGCACAAUAUCUCGUUGGAGGAAGGACAACUGGUAGCCAGUGCCCCAAAAGGAACAACAACCAGUUUUUAUUACCGCAGCUACUAUUUUCCAUAUGAAACUGGACCUUUCACUCGACUUGAACAGCAGUCGACCUUUAGUUGGGUAAUUGAGUCUCAGCAUUGCGUGGAAGCCAGACAGAACAAGACCACAUUCGCAUGCGUCGACAAAAACAGUUUCUGUCUGAACAUUACGAAAACCUCUACCGAAGAUAUCCAGGGAUAUCGUUGCAAAUGCCAUGAUGGUUAUCAAGGAAAUCCAUACAUUGCCGAUGGAUGUGAAGAUAUUGACGAGUGCAGCGUUCCCAACAAUUACAUUUGCAAUGGGACAUGCAUAAAUACGAAAGGUGGUUAUCAGUGCCUUCCUGACAAAAAACAGACUGUUUUGUUAGGUGUCAUCAUUGGUGUAAGUACUGGCAGUGGUUUAUUGCUCUUAAGCAUAAGUUUUAUCAUCCUAAGAAGGAAAUGGAAGAAACGAAAGCAAAAGAAAAUAAGAGAAAGACACUUCCACCAAAAUCAUGGACUACUAUUACAACAGCUAAUCUCUUCUAACGAAGACGUUGCUGACAGAACAAAGAUAUUUUCUCUAGAAGAUAUAGAAAAGGCAACCAACAAUUUUGAUGAAACUCGAGUACUCGGUCGCGGAGGACAUGGCACAGUUUAUAAAGGGAUUUUGUCAGAUCAACGCGUAGUCGCCAUAAAGAAGUCCAAAAUAGUAAGGAAGAGUGAGAUAGAUCAAUUCAUAAAUGAGGUUGCAAUUCUUUCUCAAAUUAAUCAUAGAAACAUCGUCAGACUUUUUGGAUGCUGUUUAGAAACAGAAGUCCCCUUGUUAGUCUAUGAAUUCAUCUCCAACGGGACCCUUGCAGACCACCUCCAUGUUUCAAAUGGUAAUUCUACAUUAUCAUGGGAAGCUCGUCUGAGGAUCGCUACUGAAACUGCCAGUGCACUUGCCUAUCUACACUCGGCUGCUUCAAUAUCAAUUUUACAUAGAGAUGUUAAGUCAUCAAAUAUUCUUUUAGAUGAUCAUUUCAUGGCAAAAGUAUCAGAUUUUGGAGCCUCAAGAUUUAUCCCGCUUGAUGAAACUCAUAUAAUUACUGUUAUACAAGGCACCUUUGGAUACUUGGAUCCAGAAUAUUACCAGACUAGUCAAUUGACAGAGAAAAGUGAUGUUUAUAGUUUUGCGGUUAUUCUUCUUGAGCUUUUGACAGGAAAGAAACCUGUUUUCUCCAUUGAGCAUGAGAAUAGGCAAAACCUAUCUAUGUAUUUUCUUCAAGCAAUGAGAGAGAAGCAUUCUUUUGAUCUCGUGGAAGAUCGUAUCAUGAAAGAAGGAACUAAACAAGAGCUUCUUGAAAUUAUUCAACUGAUAGAAAUGUGUUUGAAGUUGAAUGGAAUUGAAAGGCCUACGAUGAAAGAAGUGGAGCAUAAAUUACAAAGCUUAAGAAGGAUUCGAAAGAAGAAAGGAUAUCCUAUUCUAGAAGGUAUGGAAGAAACUGAGCACCUGCUAAGCGAUUCAUCUUAUACUUUCUCUGAUUCAGUUGACCAAACAACUGAGGGGACAUCUAGGAAUUAUAGCUUAGAAAAGGAAUUCCUGUGGUCAUUAUAUAACCCACGGUAAGCUCGUAUUCCACUUAAUUAUUCAUAUUUGUAUCUAUAUUUCAUGUGGCAUUACAUGUUAUGUGUAUAAUAUUGAGCAUUAAGUAUUUCAUGUGGUCCUCGUGUAAAUAUUGUUGUGUCUUAUAUUGUCACUAAAAAGGUUUGUAUCCCAUAAACACUUAUACAAUGUUGUCCUUUGUAUGCAUCAAGUGUUUCAUAUAAACCUUGUGUAGACCUUGUGUGAGUAUUGUUGUGUCUUGUAUUGUCACUAGAAAGUUUGUAUCUCAUAAACGCUUAUAUAGCAUUAUCCUUUUUAUGCA